AUGACUGAUAACUGCCUGUACGUUCAUAACUUAACAAAAAAUGUAAGCGAAGAUCACCUGAAGGAAAUUUUUAUGAACUUUGGGAACCUAAAGGAUAUCCACAUUUCGGUCGAUGAGGAAAAUGUAAGUGGGACGAAUGGCGAGGAAAAGUUCAUAUGCGCGAAAAUAAAAUUUGAAAACGAAAAGGAUGCGAAGGCUGCAAAGGAACAUAUGAAUGGUGGACAGAUUGAUGGGAAAACUGUUUCGAUAAAAUAUGAACAUGAGGGGAAGAGUAAGGGAAAGCAUAAACAUACAAAUAAAAAGGACAGCAUUAAGAGGGAGCAUAAGGAGAGGGAUAGCGGUGAGAAAACAAAACGCCUGAAAGAUGAUCGCAGAUCCAGCUCGUCCGCUUCGCGCGUAUCGGAGUAUUCCAGUAGGAGAUCCUCCAGUACACAGGUGCGACGGAAGAAAAAGAGUACCCGAAGAAGGUGA